AAUUCUCUGCAUCCCCCAUCAUAAAAUACAUAAACCAAACCAGAAACAGAAAAUACACACAUACACAUAUGAAAUCCAUUAUCGCACUCACCGAGCACGGUGGUUACUUUCUCAGUGAGCCAGGAUAUCAGUACACGUGAGUAUCUACCCUGACUCCAGUGCUUUCAGUUAUAGAACAUAUUAAUAUUAGAUGUCUAGAUAUAACCUGCCAGAUUGGUUUAAAGACAUCAUCAGGAAGGCCCUUGAAAUCUAUUGUGUAGCAUUUGGCCCUGGAGAUGCCGCCGUGGUUACCUACCUAGAUACCCAGAGUGGGUGUCUACAGUUGAGGAUCAAAAACAUUGCCUCAAUGUCGGGCCUUGCCGAGUACCUUCUUGACCGCAAUCCUCAAACAGGAUAUACGCGAGAUCUGCGCCAUCUCGAAGUUUCAUUUGGCGGACGGGAAGGUUCGUACUGGGCUACUGAUGGACGAACUAGCGUAUACCGCGAGCUGCCAGAGAAGUUGGAACAAGACUUUGGCAUGCUGCAAACAAAGAGUGGAGCUUGGCGCGAUGGUCCGCGAUUCGUUGCAUUAGGUGCAAGGGAGAACUACGCCCUGGCUACCAAAUGUGGAGCCUUUUCAAGCCAAUUAGGAAGUUAUCCUCAGGUACUUCAUACUCUGAAUGGAGUAGCUUCAACUCCUGCAGGUAUCGGGGUUAUCGGGGGCAUCUAUCUCAGCUAUUUCGAAGGUUCUUCCGUGGUUCAAUGGACAGAUGGUAGCCUUUGCGGUUUCCAUCUCAGUCCAGGGGCAACGAGGGACAUUGCACAAAUAAACCACCAAGCCCGCUUUGCCCAAGCCACCUAUUGCAUGGCCCGGGGGCAGCUCGAGCAAAACAUCUUUCAAGCACAGAUCAUGCAACAAGCGAUGUUUGCCCAUGAGGAGGCCGCGCUGAAGGAAAUGUACCGCAAGCAGCUCGAAACCCAGCAGUGGGGUGCAGAAAUGUUAGCACUUGCUAGCGGAGGGACAUGGCUAUGAGACGGAUAAGUACGGAAGACCGAAGUAGAUAUUAAGACGUGCUGGAGACUAAGUAAACCAAUUAGGAACUAUGGAAUAGGAGUGAUAUUAGCUUAACUAUAAUAUAAAUAUAAGAAGCAAAGGAAUUUUUAUAAACAGUUUAUAUAUAUUAAUAAUAUAUUUAUAAAAAAUAUAAAAAAA